GGCCCGCGUAGCCCGCGCAGCCCUCACUCGCCGCCGCGCCUCGGAGUUUGAGCCCCGCGCAGCCCGAGCGCAGGCACGCCCGGGGCGCGGGGUCGGAGCGCGCAGCGCGGCGCCGCCCCCCGGCCCUCGGCCCCCCAGCCCCUGGAGCCCCCGGAGCCGCGCGCCGAGGGAGGAGGGCGGGCGGGCGCGGCGGGCCGGGCCGGCGGGCGGCGGACUAUGAGGCGCCCACCAUGGUGCGAUGCGACCGCGGGCUGCAGAUGCUGCUGACCACGGCCGGAGCCUUCGCCGCCUUCUCGCUCAUGGCCAUCGCCAUCGGCACCGACUACUGGCUGUACUCCAGCGCGCACAUCUGCAACGGCACCAACCUGACCAUGGACGACGGGCCCCCGCCCCGCCGCGCCCGCGGCGACCUCACCCAUUCGGGACUGUGGCGGGUGUGUUGCAUAGAAGGCAUCUAUAAAGGGCACUGCUUCCGGAUCAACCACUUUCCAGAGGAUAACGAUUACGACCAUGACAGCUCCGAGUACCUCCUCCGCAUUGUGCGAGCCUCCAGUGUCUUUCCCAUCCUCAGCACCAUUCUGCUUCUGCUUGGAGGGCUCUGCAUUGGCGCUGGGAGGAUCUACAGCAGCAAGAACAAUAUUGUCCUCAGCGCAGGAAUCCUCUUUGUGGCCGCAGGCCUCAGUAAUAUCAUCGGCAUCAUUGUCUACAUUUCCAGCAACACGGGCGACCCCAGUGACAAACGUGACGAAGACAAAAAGAACCAUUACAACUACGGCUGGUCUUUUUACUUUGGAGCCCUGUCGUUCAUUGUGGCGGAGACCGUGGGCGUCCUGGCUGUAAACAUUUACAUUGAGAAAAAUAAAGAGUUGAGGUUUAAGACCAAACGGGAAUUCCUUAAGGCCUCUUCCUCCUCUCCUUACGCCAGGAUGCCGAGCUACAGGUACCGGCGACGGCGGUCCAGGUCCAGUUCAAGGUCCACGGAGGCUUCGCCCUCCAGGGAUGCAUCUCCCGUAGGCCUGAAGAUCACCGGGGCCAUUCCCAUGGGUGAGCUGUCCAUGUACACACUAUCCAGAGAACCCCUCAAGGUGACCACAGCUGCCAGCUACAGUCCAGACCAAGAUGCUGGCUUCCUGCAGAUGCAUGACUUCUUCCAGCAGGACCUAAAGGAGGGUUUCCACGUCAGCAUGCUGAACCGGCGGACAACUCCCGUGUGACCUACCCACCCCUCUCAGCACAGGCCUCCCCCAAGGUGGCUGUUUGUGUGACACAGAACAGGGUGACCCUUAAGAUUACAGACAGUGAACUGGAGCUGAGUGCGAUCCUCCCUGGCCUCCAGAAGAUGCCAUGGGCCAGGUCAGAGUGAGGGAAGUUGGGAGAUUGGAAUCAGGGACAAGGUA